AUGGCAAGAAUUGACCCAAAGCAUGGUGGACUUGUAUGGGAUUCUGAUCUCGUCGAACGCAAUAUAAAUCUCGAAUUUAAUCCAGUUGUUAGCACACUUCCACUUGAAGAAAAAGUUCGUAGGUCGCUCUCUGUAGGAGUUGAAUGCAUUUUCCCAGAAGAGCUGGAAGAACUGUUCAGAAGUAAAACACAUCCGGUGUGCUAUGAUGGGUUUGAGCCUUCAGGACGUAUGCAUAUAGCUCAAGGGCUUCUUAAAGCUAUCAACGUCAAUAAGCUGACAAGCUCAGGCUGCAUUUUCAUUUUCUGGGUCGCUGAUUGGUUUGCAAUGCUCAACAACAAAAUGGGUGGAGACCUUACCCUAUUAAAUUAUAGAAAACUCCAAAUAAGUUAUUUCAUAUACUAUUCUAUUUUUAAGCAAAAUAGUUUUCUCAAUGAAUUUACAAAAUCCGCCUUGUAGGCAAAUACAUGAUCGAAACUUGGCGAGCAGCAGGCAUGGACAUGCGAAAUGUCAAAUUCCUCUGGUGUUCAGAAGAAAUCAAUAAAAAACCUAAUGAAUAUUGGGAAAGGGUCAUGGAUAUCGCUAUGCGUAACAACAUCACAAGACUUAAAAGAUGCGGCCAAAUCAUGGGAAGAGAAGAAAGUGGCAAAAUGCCUGCUGCCCAAAUUUUGUACCCAAUCAUGCAAUGCUCAGACAUUUUCUUCUUAAAAGCUGACAUUUGCCAGCUCGGUCUUGACCAAAGAAAAGUCAACGUAUUAGCAAGAGAAUAUUGCGACCAAAUCAAGCAGGCCAAAAAGCCAGUCAUUCUUUCACACCCAAUGCUUAUGGGUCUGAAAAAAGACCAAGAAAAGAUGAGCAAAAGUGACCCAGGCUCAGCUAUUUUUAUGCAAGAUUCUCAAGAAGACGUAGUUACCAAAAUAAAUAAGGCAUACUGUGAGCCAGGCGACAUUGAGAAAAAUCCAGUACUGAACUAUACCAAGCAUAUCAUAUUUGGCUCACGGGGAGAAUUACUUAUCAAAAGAGCUCCAGAGAAUGGUGGAGAUACCCUUUACAACUCAUAUGAAGCUUUAGAAGCUGACUUCGCUGCAGGGAGAAUUCACCCAGGUGACUUAAAGCCAGCAGUUUCAGGUGCCAUUAACAGUCUAUUAGACCCUAUUAGAAGACAUUUCCAGACAGACCCAUAUGCUAGAUCUCUCUACGAGCAAGUAGCUGCUUUACAAGUUACUAGAUAA